GAGGAUAGCUGGUCAUUAGUAUUAAAUCGGUCGAGGAACGUCCAGCACGGCGCGCAAUAUCCGUUAGAUACAAAUAAAACCGUACACCUCAAAAAACAGAUAUACAUAUAGAAAAUGGCUGAGCAGAAGAAGGCCCCGCUGUUGAAAAAGGAGGAGGACUACGUGAAGGCCCUCGAGGGAUUCAUUAACCCCGAAACGGAUCAGGUGGUCCUGCUGCUGGAUUACGAUGGCACUCUGGCCCCACUCACCGAGGAGCUCUCCGUGAUGCCCAAGGAUACCGAGAUUAACAUCAAGAAACUGGCCGCCAACGAGAAGAUCUUCAUGUGUGUCUUCUCUGGCCGCGAACUGAGCGAGAUCAAGAACCACCUCAAGUUCCCCAAUGUGACCUAUGCCGGCAACCACGGCCUGGAAGUGGAAUAUCCUUCCGGCAAGAAGUUCAAGAUCGAGAUGCCCGAGGAGCUGCUCGAGAAGCACAACAAGUUGGUGGCCGAGCUAAAGGAAAAGGUGGUGCUCUCCGGUGCCUGGGUGGAGGACAAGAAGAUCUCCGUGACCUAUCACUACAAAGGCGUCACCGACAAGCUGAAGGCCAAGCUGAUCGCCGAGGCCAAGGGUUUGAUCCAGGCCCAUGGAUUCCAGCUGAUCGAGACCCCCUACGCUUUGGAGGGCAAGCCCCGCGUCAACUGGGACAAAGGUGAGGGCGCCAAGAUGAUCCUGGAGAAGCAGUUCGACGCUGACUGGGCCAAGAACCUGAAGAUCGUCUAUGUGGGUGACGAUACCACCGAUGAGGAUGCCAUCAAGGUGCUGCACGGUAUCGGCAAGACCUUCCGCGUCUCCGAGCUGCCCACGCUGAAGACCUAUGCCAACUACCAGAUCAAGACCGUCGAGGAAGUUGGAUAUCUCCUGAAAGCCGUGCAGGCCUACUACGAGAAGAAGAAGAAGGCCUAAGCGCAACGCCAAAGGAUAUUAAGCUUAAGCUAAAUUCCACGCACACUCACAUUAAACACACUCAUAGUUACACCUAAAGGAGAAGAUUUGGUCCGUUUGAGUUAUAGAAAUGAUGUAUUCAUUGACUUGCUCGGCAAUCUCUCUCGAAACCAAUUUUGUGUCUUUAAAUUUUGCAAAAUAAAACAUUUUUCAUAACAUUA